AUGAAAGGUAAGUUGCUUUAUUUAUAUGUAUGUCAUUGCGUCGUAUUUUACAUUGAUUUUAGAAUAUUUCAAUGCUAGAAAGGUUUAUUUUAGGUUAAGGGGUGGAUUUUUUUUGCUUUUUACGAGCUUAGGUCUAGCUUUAGCGCUAGCCCUGCCUUUAAUAUUAGACCUUAGUUCUGGCUAUAGCCUCAGCUUUAGCCCUAGUUCUAGCCUUUGCCAUAGCCUUAGGCUUAUCACUAGCUUUGGCUCUAGCUUCAGCUCGAACCCUGUCUCUGGCCUCAAGUCUAAGCUUAACUCUAGCUCUAGGCUUAACUUUAGACCCAACCCUAACUUUAGCCUUAGCGUAGGGUUAACCCUAGCCUCAGCCCUAGUCUUAGCCUUAGCUCUAGGGUUAACCCUAGCCCCAGCCCUAGUCUUAGCCUUAGUUCUAGGUUACCCGUAGUCUCAGCCCUAGUCUUAACCCUAGCUCUAGGUUUAACGUUAGCCCUAGUCUUAGUCCCAUGUCUAGCUUCAGCCGUAGCCUUAGCCCUCUUCCUAGCUCUUGUUCAAGACCUAGUUUGAGCCUUAUGUUAAUCUCAGUAAAUUUUUAUUUUAGGCCAUUUUACCGUAUAUUGUUUAACUACUGUACUUUCAGCCUUCAACACCAACAAAGACACAGUAAACUUAAGCUACGACUACCUAUUUCAACGUAUUAAGUACAGACCAUUUGAGUACUUUCACGAUGCUACAGAUCUUGAUAAAGAAGUUGGUAUUUGCAAGAUUAUUGGGCUCAACGUAACCUUAUUUCCGUCUUAUACUGAAGGUUUCGUCGUGUUUUACAGAAAAAUUUUUGAAAAUUUAAAAAAAUGUGUUCCAAAUUUGACUUCUGUUACACUGAAUGGUGGAUACAUGUACGGGUGUAUGAAUGGUGUGAGUUUGAAGUUUUAUUUUGUAAAAAAAGGGUUUAUAUGCUUUUUAUGUUGUUAGGCUAAAGCUCAGGCUUAGGCUUUUGAUAUUAUAAGGAUAAAUGCAUUUUCAGACAACAGAAGACUGGUUAGAUGAAAUUGAAAACAUUACUAAAGCCUAUCAAGGCAUUUGUCAGGCUGCUAAAGAGUAUGACAUUACUAUCGAUCACUUUUUUGCUGAUAUACGACUUGCUUUUCCUUAUAAUGUAGGUUUUAUACGUAUGAUAAUAGCUAAAAGAUUGCGACGGGUACGACUUUAGGUAUAAGGCUAGAGUUAAGGCUAAGACUAGAGUUAAAACUAAUGAUAGACCUAGGUAAAUGACUGUCAUGAGUAGACUAUGUUAAUGGCCAAAGAACAAUGUUAGGUACGGUUAUUCAUAGUAAUGUGACUAAGGAAGCGGUAUUAUAAUAAAAUUUAAAGCAAAUUGGAACAGAGUACAGUAGAGGAGGGUAGGGUAAUGUAAGUAUAGCACGGUAAGGGUACGGUAGAGUGCAGUACGGUUAGUUGGUUUAAGGUCGCGUAGAGUAGAGUAGGGGUUGGCAGGGUAGGGUAGAGUAGGGGGUGGUGUACGGUAAGUUAAGGUAGGGUAAAAUAGGGUAGGGUAGGGUAAGAUGAAGUAGAGAAAAGUAGAAGAGAUUACGGGAGAGUGAAGUACGAUAAAAUACGGUAAGGUAAGCUAUUAUAUUAACAAUUACUAAAAAUGUAUUUUAGGCAAUUGUUGAAGCCGAUCCCUCGACACUAUUUGAAAACUCUGUACACCUUGUUUACCGGGAACAUCUGGGUCGUUAUGGUUAUGUUCUCAACUCUCAAGAAACCCACUUGAUCUCUCUACAACUUCCAACCUUUAUACCUACUAAUUUGCAUAACCAGGUCACACCUUUUCGAGCCGAAAUGAAGUGUUCUGAAUGGAGGUAUAGAGAAGAUGUUAAGUUGGAUGACUUUUUUGAAUUGGAAGAUAAUAAGCUUGUCAUUGACAGUUUGAAUGGUUCUGUGUCUGUUGAUACGUACUUGGGUAGUGUCGAUGAAGAAUAUUAUGUUAGGUGCUUUGAGAAUUUAAAGAAGAGUAAUGAGAAUGUUAAAGUUUUAACAAUCGAAGGAGGUCAUAAGGUCAGGAUUACUACUCAUGUAAGUUAUUUUUUUAAGAUUUGCUUAGAUUUUAUAGUAGGUUUCACUAUAGAGUAAUUAUUAGAUGUUCCUAUCUUAUAUUUUAAUAACAAAAGACGAUAUUUUACUUAUUUAUAGGUAGGGUAGGUAACAUAAAGUAGGGUUGGGUUGGUCGGGCAUGCUAACGUUUAAAUAGGGCAUGAUAACGCUCGAGUAGGGCACAGUAAUUUUAAGGUAAGGCAUGGUAAAACUAGAACACAGCCGGUCAGGGUAACGUUGAGUAAGGCAAGAUAGGGUAGGGUAAUGUAGAGAAAGAUUUAAUAGGGUAGAGUAUACUGUAGAGUAGAGUAGGAUAGGGUAGGGUAGAAUAGGGUAGGGUAGGGUAGGGUAGGGUAGGGUAGGGUAGGGUAGGGUAGGGUAGGGUAGGGUAGGGUAGGGUAGGGUAGGGUAGGGUAGGGCAGGGUAGGGUGGGGUAGGGUAGGGUAGGGUAGGGUAGGGUAGGGUAGGGUAGGGUAGGGUAGCGUAGCGUAGAUUAAGAUACAGUAUGGUACAGUAAGUUAACGUAAAGUAAGGUAAGGUAGGGUUGGUUAAGACACGGUGGAGUAAAAGGCAAAAAAAACUUUUUUGGAGCUAUUUAUUCACUAAAACAUAUUAUAACACUCAUGCCUCUUAUAUAAUAGUAAAAACAAUUGCUUUCUGAUGGUGCCUAUACAGACAGUCAAGCUUACUUCUGUUUUCAGUCCACCAAAGACCUUGACAAUGAAAUAAAGACCUUAUUAACGUCAAUAAGAUCAGUUGUUCGGGCUUCAAAAGCAGCGGAACUGCCUCUACAAUUUUUUGUUUAUCAUACUGAAUGGUACUUCGAUUACAGUGUAAGUUGAAUGUUAUUGUUUUAAGACGUGCUACUAGUAAUUUUAUUUAAAAAAAGGGGGGGGGUGGAGCAGGAGUGGGGACGGGUGAAACCAAAACGAGCAAAAAAAAUUUUUUAAUUUGAUUAUAAAGGGGGGGGGGAGUUCAAUUAAAAAACUUUUUUCUUUAGAAACGCCCCCAAAGCUUUGAUUUCGAAAAGAUAAUUCAACGAUAUGUGAACACAGAUUCUGUGGAUACAAACACAUUUACCUUUGACUACAAUGUUGAAGGUCUAGUUGUUGUAGUUCAUAUUAGAAUGAUAUUUGAUUCAAGACCAUUUACUGUGCCAAUUCCGAAAAAACAAGCAUUUUACACAAAUGAUCAAUAUCCGGUUAGAAGUUUUAUUGAUCUUACUUCUACUACGUUGCAGGUAAUGUUUUACUACUGUUGUUAUUGUUUGAGUGUGGGAUUGAUAUAAGGAUGUGAGGGAGGGGGUGAUGGUAUGCAAGGUGGUUUGGAUGGAGAAGGUGAAAAAGGUUAAGAUUGUUAGGGUAGAAGAGCACAUUUUAGGACACAGUAGAGCAUUUUGUAGGGUAGAGUAGAUUAUGCUCUAACGACGUAGGGUAAGGCGUGCUGUAUGUAUUGUAUAGUAGGUAAAGAUAAGUGGUUAGUCAGAAAGGAAGUAAGAAGUAGAAUAGGGUAGAGUGGGCCAUAUAGGGUAGAAGUGGCAAGGUAAACUAUAAUUUACGGCUGGGUAAAGCAUACUAUAAGGGUACAGCAGAUUAUUUUAUGACGUAGGGCGAGGCAUACCGUAAGAUAAGGUAAGGUAAAGAUCAGGGGUAGAGCAAGGUAGAUUAGGACAAAAGUAAUGGGUACGAUAGGGUAAGGUAUAGUAGGCCAGGAUAAAAUUAAGGGGUGGUAUGAAAUAAGGUAGGGUAGGUUAGGGUAUGGUAGAGUAGGGUUUGGUAGGGUAGUUAGACAUAGAGAACGGGCCGGACCUGAGCAAAAUUUUGGUCGGGCCAAGGUUUGGAAAUCCCGGAAAGGCUCGGCUCGUUUCCACGUUUAAACAAAUUUGGACCAGGCCGGGCUUGAGCAAAACUUUGAUCGGGCCGGGCCUAACAUUCAAGUCUAGGCCUCUUUAUUAUGUCUAGGCGUGAUUGGGUAGGGUAUAGUGAGGUAGGGUAAGGUAAGGCAGGGUAAGGUAGGGUAGGGUAAGGUAAAGUAGUGAUGGGUAUGGUAAAGUGAGAUAAGGUUAAUUAUCUUCUAACUUCCUAAAACCUAAAUUCUAGAUUAAAUUCUUGGAAGACCUUCCAUAUAUCGCAGAACCAUUCACCGAGUCAGCUGUUCGAUCUCUUCACAAACUCCAGCGUAUCUACAUCGAUCCUCUGAAUAGGCAUAAGAAUCCAAUUGAAUUCUACAAAAAAUGUGUUAAUAUCCUGAAGGAAUAUCGUUACAUCGACGAACCUUUAGGAUUAUAUUGUGAAUCGACAAAUGAAGUUACGAGAGAUAUUGAGGCCGAAUUUGAUACCUUAAGGCAAAAUUUAAAUGGGAUUUUCGAAGCGUUUUUGGAGGGCAAAAUGGAGAUUAGAACAUCUACUUUAAUUGUCGAUUUGGUGGUGGAUGAGAAGGUAAAAUACUUUUUUUUUAUUGUAAAGAGGUGCAUAUUGUAAGGUAGAAUUUCUUAUGUUAUAAUACAAGGUAAAACAUAGUGUAAGACAGGAUGGGAUAAAGACAAAGGUAGGACAAGAUAAAUGUAAGGGGAAGUAUAGAGCAGGAUAGAAUAGGAUAGGGUAGGAUAAGGUAAGGUAAGGUAAGGUAAGGUAGAGUGGAGUAAGGUAGAGUAGAGUGGGAUAUGGUAAGGUGGGUAACACAAGUAUAGCAAAGAAGGGUAGAGUAGAGGAAGGUAAGGUACUGUAGAGUAGAGUAUAGUAGGAUAUGGUAAGGUGGGUAACACAAAAAUUUUUUUUUAAUUUUAGGAAGUCGAAGAAUCUAACUGGUCAGAACUUAUGAAAACAUACUUUAACUGCACUGUAAAUGACCUUCAACUACAAGAAAAGAUGUUGGUAUUCGAAUAUGUGGUCAAAGAAAACAAAGCUCGAGUCUUGUUUGGUUUUAACAUGGGUAACAACAGGCCUAGCGGCUUUCAAUUGAACUUCUUCAAUGAUCACGUUUGA